AUGGAUCCAACUUCUCCUCCACCCUCCUCUUCCUCCACUCUCCCUCCUAAACCCCCUCCAAAUCCCUUCCUCCUCCUCCUCCUCCUCCUCCUCCCUUUCUUUCCUCUACCCUCCCUCGCCGCCUUCACCCCCGCCGACAAUUACCUUUUCGUCUGCGGCGCCGCCGCUUCCGUCGCUUCCGCCGACGGCCGCAUCUUCCGCCCCGACUCCUCCGCCACCCUCUCCACCCGCCGCUCCUCCUCCCUCUCAUCCCCCUCCCCCUCCUCCCCUCUCCUCCGCUCCGCCCGCCUCUUCCCCCGCCCAUCCGCCUACUCCUUCCCCCUCUCCCCCUCCUCCACCGCCAAUGGCCUUCUCCUCCGCCUCCACUUCCUCCCCUUCCCCCACCCCUCCUUCAAUCUCUCCGCCGCCCUCUUCUCCGUCUUCGCCGCCGGCUCCCCCCUCCUCAGCCGCUUCUCCGCCCCGCCUUCCCCCCUCCUCAAAGAAUUCUUCAUCAAACCCCCUUCCUCCUCCCUUUCCCUCCUCCCCUCCUCCUUCGCCUUUGUCAACGCCAUCGAGCUCUUCUCCGCCCCCAACAACCUCUUUUCCGACACCGCCACACCCAUCCCCCUCUCUUCCCCCUCCCCUUCUCCUCCUCUCUCACGCCACGCCCUCGAAACCCUCCACCGCAUCAAUGUCGGCGGGCCCCUCGUCACCCCGACGAAUGAUACCCUCUGGAGAACCUGGAACCCCGACCCCCAGUUCCUUGACACGCCGUUCCUCGCCAAAGUUGUCGACUUUACUGGCCAAAUCAACUAUCCUGUUGGCGGCGCCACCCGGGAGGUCGCCCCUGAGACCGUCUACGGCACCGCCCGGGAGAUGGACAAGGGUAACUCAUCCAAUUCCUCGUUACCUUCAAAUAGUUUUAACAUCACUUGGACAUUUCCUGUUUCGAGUUCGAUUCAUGGCUACCUUGUCCGGCUGCAUUUCUGCGACAUAGUUAGUAAAGCACUGAAUGAGCUCUACUUUGAUGUGUAUAUCAAUAGCUACUCCGCUUGCAAGGAUUUAGACCUCUCUGCGCUGGCCGGCUUUACGUUGGCUUCGCCUUACUACAUGGACUUUGUAGUUAUGCAUUCGAAUAAUUCAGGGAGAAUUCAGGUGAGUGUCGGGCCAUCAGAGCGCAGCCUCGCAUGGAAGUCCAAUGCCAUACUGAAUGGGGUGGAGAUUCUGAAUAUAAGAGGGGUUGUUUCAUUCCCGAGGGAGGAGAAGAGGAAGAAGUAUCCUGCAGUUGUGCUAAUGUCAGUUCUUGGUAGCUUACUUUUAGUCUGUGUUUUGAUUGUGUUGAUUGUGGUUAUGUUGAGAUGUAGGAGGCAAAAGAAAGAGAGACCUGAAUUGCAGGAGUCUGUGACUUGGUCCCCAUUGCCUGUGUUCCGGGGGAGCUCGUAUAGUAGACUGACAGAACUAUCCAGUGCUUCACCUGCAACAAAUCUUAAUCUCCGGCUGAAGAUACCUUUCUUUGAGAUUCUUUUGGCUACGAACAAUUUCAAUGAGAAUGCUCAAAUUGGGUCAGGUGGAUUUGGGAAGGUCUAUAAAGGGGUGCUCAGAGAUGGCACCAAGGUUGCUGUGAAAAGGGGUGUGCGUGGGUCUCAGCAGGGACUUGGGGAGUUUCAAACUGAGAUUGUGGUUCUCUCCAAGAUCAGGCAUCGGCACCUUGUUUCGCUGAUUGGUUAUUGCGAGGAGCAGUCAGAGAUGAUAUUGGUCUAUGAGUUUAUGGAGAAGGGUCCCCUGAGAGAGCAUCUUUACGGCUCAAGCCAUCCAUGUUUGUCAUGGAAGCAACGGCUUGAGAUUUGUAUCGGUUCUGCAAGGGGUCUCCAUUACCUCCAUACUGGUUGUGCUCAGGGAAUCAUUCAUCGUGAUGUCAAGUCUUCGAAUAUUUUGCUUGAUGAAAACUAUACUGCAAAGGUUGCUGAUUUUGGUCUUUCGAAGUUAGGUUCUCAACUCAAUCAGACUCAUGUGAGCACUGGGGUUAAGGGAAGCUUUGGAUAUCUUGAUCCUGAAUAUUUCAAGACGCAGCAGCUUACGGAUAAGUCUGAUGUGUAUUCUUUUGGUGUUGUUCUUCUUGAAGUCCUGUGCGCGAGGCCAGUGAUUGAUCAAUCCCUUCCAUGGGAGCAGGUAAACUUAGCUGAGUGGGCUAUGCUGUGGCAAAAGAAGGGGCAAAUUGAGCGAGUCAUUGAUCCCUCACUGAAGGGAAAGAUUGAUCGUAGGUCACUGAGGAAAUUUGGAGAGACUGUGGAGAAGUGUUUGGCUCAAUAUGGAAUAGAUAGGCCUGCGAUGGGUGAUGUACUCUGGAACUUGGAGUAUGUUUUACAACUCCAUGAGAAAGCAAUGCAGCGAGAACAAUCGGGGGACAGUACAAAUAGUUCUUCUCAUGUUGCAUCACCAAGAGUGAUACAUGAUCCCUCAAGUAGUAUGACUGCUGGGAGAAAUGAUAGCAUGGCAGAAGCAAGCUAAGGAAAUUCAGAGGUGACAACAGGCAAGGUGUUCUCCUUUCUGUUUAUUGAUGAUUGCAGAUAAUCUCAAGGCUGUUAUGCUAAUUAUCUUUCACCCUGAAAGGAGAUUUUGCAACUGAAAGUUUUUGCAAUGGUGGGUGGAGUUAUCAAACUGGAAUUCUAUCAACCAUUUUUCUACUUUUGUACCAAGACUUUAUCUGUUGUUCUGUAUUACACUAGUCUAUCAAUAGGGAAAGUUUCAAUUCUCAAUUUUUAUUUAUUAUACAUAUCAUUAUUCUGUUGUGUUGCAUGUAUAAACAGAAACAAAUCUGUAGUUUAUGUUUAAGAUGUACUCAUUUAGUUGCCAAUAUUGUAUUUGGCCGAACAAUGGAAUGUGUAUUGGUGUGUUUCAGCAUUUUGUUGCCAGCAAAGUUCA